GUGUUCACGAUGUACUAGCAAGUCUGGAUGGGAAUUUUCCUCAUCCUGCCAUUUAAACGCCACACACUAACCGUGGCGCAGCAGGCCGACUGCACGGCAAAAUAUGUAGGCUGGAAGGACACAGAGGACGGCGCGACUCGGUGUAGGCGGGUAAAUGGGAAAUCUGAUGGGCAGUUUGCGCUACAAGGAGCCGAGAACUGUGGAGGAAUGCGACUCGACAUGGGAGUCAGACUCGGAAAGCGACGAGCAGCCGGGUGAUGAGGACAGCGGGAUAUCGGAGUGUGUCAGCCGGUUUGAGACAGGGAGAUGCGGCGAACAGGCGAACAUGUCCCCGAAGCCUUCUGACUCUAAGUCCAGCACCAAGAUGAAGAGGAGUUUUUAUGCUGCAAAGGAUCUUUACAAAUAUCGCCACAGCUACCCGAACUACAAGGCGCCCCGGCUUCCUAAUGACUACCGCAACCUCCGCUUCUACCUGAACAAGAUCCCUCUAAUACCAGACGGUAUCUUCAUUGAGGAGAUCCUGACCAAAUGGAGAGGAAAUUUUGACAAACUGGAGCACAAUCACACCUACAUACAGUGGCUUUUCCCUCUGAGGGAGCAAGGGCUCAACUUCUAUGCUCAAGAACUCACUCAGGAGGAGAUCAAGGAAUUCCAAAGCACUCGGGAGGCCAAGAGGCGAUUUCUGCUGGCGUACACACUCAUGCUGGAUUUUUACGGGAUCAAACUCCUGGAUAAAAGUGGGAAUGUCGCCCGAGCUUCCAACUGGCAAGAACGCUUUCAGCACCUCAAUGAGUCCCAGCAUAACUAUCUGCGGAUCACACGCAUCCUCAAGUCUCUGGGUGAGCUGGGCUUUGAGGCCUUCAGCCCCCUGGUGCGUCUGCUGCUGGACGAGGCUCUGUGUCGGGGCACCCUGCCCAACAUGCUGCACAGCACCCUAGAGUAUUACGUCUACACCAUACGCCUCCGCUCCCACCGCCGCAGCCUGCUCCGGUACGCCCGCCAGCACUACCAGCCGGCCAACACCUUCCUCUGGGGGCCCCCGGCCAGGAGGAGAGUAGCUGAGGCAGGGCCAGGAGGCAGGGUGGCAGAACCCACCCCAGAGAGGGAGAGGAGAGGAGGAGACCCCCAUAGGGCUUGUAGUCCACUUACGAAGAAAGACUCAGUGGGAGGGUGGGGUGGGGGAGGAGAUGGGAAGGGAACCAAGGUCUAUACCGUCUCCACCAAAACCCUCCAGGAGGGGGUGAUGGAGAGGGGUAGGGGGGACAGGGUCAAGUACAUUGAGACUGUUCCACUGUAG